UGAAAUCGUAUCACUAUAGACAGUAAAAGUUAACUGUAUACUUAACCAUUAAUUACAUAAGGAACUAUCGUACAAAGAAUAAUUUCAGUUGUCUGCGUGAUUUAUUAACGUUAGGCGUACGUAGAGCUCUAUCAUGGCAUUUUUCCAAUUGGUACUGAAAGCCAACAAAUUGGAAAAACUGAGGCAAAGUUACGAGGAUGAAAAACUGACAUCGAUUGAGAUUUCGAAGGGUAUCGUCAAACCUGUAUAUACUUUGAAGCAGCAAAUUCGUCGAAGAAAAAUAUGGUUUAAGAAGAAGGUUACACACCUCUUAGACAAAAUCUUUGCUAUUUUAAAAGAUUCUUGGAUACAUAAAAAGAUUGUUGUAAUUCGUACCGAUGGAACAUUAGAAAAUUACAUAGCAAAAAGCUUUGCAGGAUUCGUUGGUGGAAUAUUCUUGACGUACAUAUUUUUCAUAUUUUUCGUGUUUCAAUUGCAUUUUAAACUGUCGUCUGCGACGUUCCUCUGUACAAUAAUAGGAAUAAUUCUCACUCUUGGUCUUGCAUUUUCUUUCCAAGUCCGAUGCGUUGUGUUUCUUCUCUUGCCGCAAUUUUUCUCGAAACGCGGAAGGCAAGCUUUAAUGGCGUACGCGUUUAUUUUAGCUUUAACAGGACCAGUGAAGAAUACUAUGCACAACACUGGUGUACUUUCAGAGUCACUAGCCUGUGCGCAAGAACAGUUAAAGGAAGCGGUGAAGACCGUCAUAGAUUUAGCGAAACAACCGUUUUACGCUUUGCGAGAAGCAAUAUCGAAAGUCAUAAAGACGGUCAAAGUGGUCGUAAAGAAGAUUAAACAGACUCUAAUUGCGAUUAAAAGAGUCGUUCUUAGCAUACUUAGAGUUAUCACUGCGGUAUUCGAAUGGCUGGGAAGUAUCAUAAGUAUAUGUAACAAAAAGUUGGGCACACCUUUCGACAGGUGCCAAAGCGUUUUUGAAGGAGCAGUGGCGGAUUGCAAAGCAAAAUUGGGUCCAAUUUUUGGAUUGGUUUGCAACAUAACUUACGUUGUCAGUAGUCUGUGUUACAUAGUGAAGCCACUGGAUUUCAUUUGCAUGCUUGUUUCCUAUAUCGCUGACAGCGUAGUUGGUGUCGUAAGGAGCAAAAUUAAGAAGUUCACGAUGCACAUGAAAGCGAUGUUCUACGUUAAAGUUAAGUUCUCCCAUUCGUUUCAUUUCGAAACGAACCAAAGCAGGACGAUACAAGACGUAUCCACGAGUAUUACUACAGAAAUACGCUCAAGAACGGACAAACUUUUUGGUUUCUUCGAUUUCAUGAAUUUCAUCACGUCCUUCUUCAUGUUCUUUAUCAUACUCAGAGUGUUACGCUAUCGUUACAAAUGGUUAACCAGCGAGCGUUUCGACAAUCGAUACAUAACCGACGAUCUACGUACCAUCGAUUUGAUAAGAACACGUCAAGACAAGGAAACAGUUUUGCCACUGAAUCGACGUGAACGGAACAAAUACGUGCCACUCUCUUCCGUCAUAUUAAUAAAAUCCGAAAGAACAAAAUUAUCCAAGUCUAUCAUAUUCUUAAGCCUAGCUACGGUCAAACUUAUCGCAUACAUGUUGAUAGAUUAUUGUCUUUAUUGGGUACUGAACACCAUACAACUUUACGGACGAUUUCAAAGCAAAGUCGAACGACCAAACGUGGUAACUAUUCACGUAUCAGGCGAUGGAUAUUUAGCUGACCUUUAUAAAAGUAUCGUAAAAGCAUUCACGCCACACGGGCAGGGAACAGAAAUCGAUACGAUGCUUUGUCUUCCGGUUCCUGUAACACCUGAUUUCGAUAAAUACACUCAGAUCCUCGUUUUGAUCUUUCUUUGCUGGCUGAUGGCAUUUUUCGAGCCUUAUGGUUUACGAAUGAGACAGGUAGUCAUGUGUCAGUAUUAUCCCGAGAGAGCAAAGCAGAGAGCAGCUUGGUUGUACAAUUACAUCAUCAGGUCAAGGGGCAAUUUUUUGAAGUUUGCUAGACGUCAACUACGCCGAAAAUUUGGCCUGACCGAAGGGGAAAAAAUCGAGAAAGUGACUUUAAAAGAGAAAUUGUGGGCCACGUUUCCCUUAUUGAACAUAUUUUUUCCAUUGAAACAAAAAGCGUGUCUUCUGUGUGGAGCAGUGGAACGUGACGAGGAUCCACAUGUUAAAUGUCCAACUCCUGGUUGCAUUGGCCUAUAUUGUACGCAAUGUUUCGCGGAUUUGCAGAACUUGUGCACCAUUUGUCGGUCACCGAUGGACUAUGGUGACUUGUCCGACAUGAGUGAGGAGAAAGACUCUUCGGAAGAUCAAUUUGAAAUACCAAGAAGAGCGUUGCUAAAACCUGAAUUGAAAUUGGACGAAGAAGAAGAUAAAAUAAUGGACGAGGAAGGUAAAAUGAUGGGAGAAGAAUACGAGGCAAUGUUAGGCGAAGAAUAUGAAACUGAAGAGGAAGAGAUGUUAGAUAAAGAAUAUGGAGCUGAAGAUGAAGAGAUAUCGGGUGAAGAAUAUGAAGUGGAAGACGAAGAGAUGAUGGGUGAAGAAUAUGAAACUGAGGAUGAAGAAAUGUUAGGUGAAGAAUAUGGAGAUGAAAAGAUAUUAGGUACAGAAUAUGAAGAUGAAGAGAUAUUAGGAGAAAAAUACGAAAAUGGAAGGGUAAAAGUGAAGAACGAGAAAGAAGGAAACAAACUGAGAGCCGAGCAGGCAGACAAAAUGGAAAGAGACGUCGGUGAACAGACGGAUGAUAAAUCCUUGGAAGAUCUCGAUCAAAGUACCGAAUACAGUUACACGUAUCAAGAUGAAUCUCCUGAGGAAGUCGAAAUCGAGAAAACGAGGAAACGAUUCAAAGACGUGGAAGCACAGAAAAUUCGAGACGACGUAACAAUCCAAAUAUUCAACCAACCGUUCGUGAAAGAAUCGAUCUCGGGCAGUGAAUCACCAACUUCUGGCUUCGUUGUGAGGGCACGUAGAAAAGUUCGUGCCAAAUUAAAAAAGCGGCCGGUUGCCGAGGUGAGAGAUUCGGAUUCAUCAAGUUCGAUUGCCGACACGGAAUCCUGGCCGAGUGAAGAUGUCGACGAAGAAGAAGUAAUACACAUAGAAAUAGACGGCGAUUCGGAAGAAUUACUUCCGAAGGAUAGAAAGGAUAGAAGGAAACUAGGUCGUAUAAAUAGAAUCGUCGAUGCAGUUGCGAGAAUUCCUUGGCUCGGUAAAGGAGAGGUAUGAAACAUUCUAAGCCCUCCGAAUAUGUUCAUAUUUCUGGAUCAUUAUUCCUUGGGGAAGGAUUUAACGUUUUAUUGAAAGGAUAGGAAGUUUGCUUAAACUUCGUUUUAAGGCACCUCAAAUUUUUGGUCCAUCGUUUUCUAAAAAGUACUAUCGAACGAUAUAGAGCGAAAUUAAGAGUUUAUGCAACCCACUCUUUUUUAAAGACACUGGAAGAUAUAUGAUAUCUAUAAGAAUUUAUAGUAUCCAUUUUGUUGCAAAAAGAACCAUUUAAGAUGGGAUUUAGUUGAAAAUUCGAUCAAAGAAAGAAAUUUAUCGUUUCGACAGAAUGGCGAGAAGACACGCAAAGGAUUGCAAAGGAAACGUCCAUCCCUUAUGAAUAAGAUUGUCAGUAUGCUUCACAGAAAGCAAUCAAUGCCAAUCAAAUCGUAUAAAAGAGUUAGAAGGACGAAGGAUUCCUCGCCCUCUUCUUCCUCCUCGUCUGACGAGGAAAACGAGAGUCUACUAAAAGUGCAAGACAGAGACACUGAUAGUCCAUCAGACUUGGCCAGAAGGAGAAGUAGAAAGACAACAACGGAAGAUACUUCUGAUGAAACUCUAACUAGGAGGCUAUCGUAUGAAAAGAAUUUCCAGACGAAACCAUUACCAAGGUAAUGUUGUAUAAAAAAUGAAAGACUAUAAUUAUUUUUAAUUUGUAUAUAAUUAUUUAAUAAUAGUAAAUACUUCUUAUUGUACAUGAUUAUUUUUAACAAACGUACGAUAAAACAGGCAUCUGGAGUCU